CUAGAUUCUAGAUCCAGAGUCUAGAUAUCAAGAUCUAGGGAAAUCUAGUAUUAGAUUUAGAUCUAUAUAUCUGUAAUAGUGUAAUCUAGACUAGAUUGACUAUAUUUACUUCUUACUAAUCUUAUUUCAUCUUUGGGUAGGUUAAGCCUACAUAAGCAGAUAAAACAUUAAAUUAUUUCAAUCACUGCAGCAUCCGUACUGUUUAAGCAGACUGAAAGAGUUCCCAAAAUGUCUGAAAACGAUAGCAAUGAGGUUACAGAAACUAAAAAAAAGAAAAAGUGGUAUAUGCAGUCAUUUCGUGAAAAAUGGCUAGAAGAUCCAGAUUUCUGUGAUUGGCUGCAACCAGAUUACAAUGACAAAACAUCCAGCUACUGUUCAGUUUGCAAAUGUUAUUUACGGCAUUGCAACAGGAGUAUGCUCUUAUCCCAUAAGCAAUCUAAAAAGCAUACAAAUUUGUUUGCCGGCAUUCCAAAAUCAACUUUAAAAAGAAAGAAAGUUUUUUCGGCAGAUGAAGGUGUAGCCAGGGCAGAGCUGCUUGUGGCUUGCUUUUUUACCGAGCACCAAUUUCCUUACCGUCAUGUGGAUCAUUUCAUUGAUAUUUGUAAAAAUGCUUUUCAUGACUGCAAAAUAGCAAGAAAGAUAGCUAUAGACAAAAAAAAAUUAGCUUAUUUGAUAGAGGAUGGGAUUGCAUACCAUGAGAAAGAAGAACUUGCUCAAAUUUGCUGCACACAAAAAUUUUCUGUGAUGAUAGAUGAAAACAUAGAUUUGUCUCAAGCUAAUCUUACUGCUGUAGUUGUUCGAUUUUUUGAUGUACAGAAAUUAGAUAUAGUAGAUGUUUUAUUUGACACUAUAUUGCCUGAUAAAGGAACCAUUCAAGAUAUCUACAGUGCUCUUAAAAUGCUUUUUAUAAAUAAAAAUAUACCCCUAGAUAACAUUAUAGGAUUUGGUAAUGAUAACUGCUUGAAUGAAGUGUUCAGUUUACUCAGAGCUGAUGUUCCUACAGUCUUUGGACUAGGGUGUGACUGCCAUUCAUUUUCUUUGUGCUUUAGUCAUGCAAUCAAAAAGUUGCCUUCAAAGCUGGAGUCGCUGCUGCAAGAUAUUUCAGAUUAUUUUGUUAAUAAAGGCAGAAAACUUGUAGACUUUGGGUUCAAUUUUGAUACAGUGCACUCUGUUCAAGUCAAUGCUCAAGAGCUAUCGUCAUCAAGAGGUUCAACUUAUGAGAACAUUAUUAAUGUUGUGUUGGAAAAUUGGAAUUUGAUGAUCUUUUUUUUUCAGUCUGAGUCAGAAGCAAACAAAGUACAAGUGUCUCAUCAGAUUUAUACAACAUUGACAACCAGAGGCACAAAACACAUGCUUUUGUUUCUACAAUAUAUUUUGCAAAAAGUGAAUGCUUUCAAUGCAGAAUUUCAGUCAGAGGAGUUCAGAAUUCAUCUCCUUCACUCUUUGAUCUCACAGUCAUACCGUGACAUUCUGAGCUGUUUUAUUGAUGACGAGAUUAUUGUUAUGCACAAGCUCUCUGAAGUCGAUCCAACUGACUGUAACCUACAUAAAAACUAUGAUGAUAUAUUUCUUGGUGGAAAAGCUAUGGCUCUGUUGUAUCAAGAACCGUUGAUUGAAGAUACAGAACAAUUUCAAAAUAAUUGUUUGAAAUUCCUUAUUGAGUUCUCCAAUCAAAUCAAACAGAAUUUUCCUAUAGCUGAAGACAGCAUCAUUGCAGAGCUAAGUAUUUUAGAUCCUACUGUAGCACAAGACCGUAACCGAUCACCAGAAUCCAUCUCAAAACUAGCUUUUCAUUUUUCAACUCUUUUUCCUUCACAAAAAUUAAAUGCUUUAGAUGAUCAGUGGAAAAUGUAUAGGCUGUCAAAGGAGAUCAAUCUUUCAACAACACCUAUUCCUCGAUAUUGGUACAUGUUACGCAAUAUCAUUGACAAUAAUGGCAAACCAAAAUUUGGUCUUCUGUCAGACUUCAUGACAAAUCUGUCAGUUCUCCCACACUCCUCAUCUGCUGUAGACACGAUUUGUUCACAAGUAAACUUGAUUAGAGAACAUUAUCCUAUUCCACUGCAGUCUGAGGCAGUCAAAGAUCGUUUCAUAGCCAGACAGAUGUUGGCUAGAAAGAAUCUCACUUGCACUACAUGGGAGCCUAGUCAGGAAAUAAUCACUGAUGCAGUUCAAGGAGAGUGUCUGAGGCGAUAUGAAAUGAAGCUACAAGUAGUAUCGGUAACCUCAGACCUAGCUGUUAUUAAAGCAGAGGAAUCAUCAUCAGUCAUAGCUAUUAUUAAAGCAGAGGAAUCAUCUUAAGAAUAGUCAUAGAUUAUAAUAGGUUUAUCAAUUGCUCCCAGUCUUUCUCUUUUUACAUGAACUGUAUGAUAUUGUAAUAUUCAACAAAUACAAGAGUUGCUCAGCUUUGUAAAUCAUGAUUGUUCAUAAUUGCUUAGCAGCAUCUGUUGUUAUUGUUAUAUGUUUUGUAUUUGUUGAUAAAAUUAGUGAAUCUGGCUUCCAAAAUGUUUGUACAAAAUAAAUUGUUGAAGCUGUUUUUUUUUUUUUUUACUCCCCACUUAUAACUAUUAAGUUCUAAAUACUUGAAUGCAUAACAAAAUAUUAGGAUCUUAACUGGUAUAAGAUAGCUCUUAAACUAAGCUCUACAGAAUGUUCAAACCUUACUCUAGUAGCUUUACUGUCUCAGAACUAUGUUCUGGAUAAAUUAGACAUCUUUUUUUUUUUUCUCUGUGACCGCAAAAUAAAUACCAAAAGCAUUUUACAGAUCAAUGUAAAUUGUGGAUAUUUUUAGACUUGCAAUUUUGUUUCAUUUAAUAAUCAAAUAAUUAAAGACUUCAUUAGCAUUCAGUUAUGUAUGGUCAUGCAUAUGACAUUAAUUUAGACUGUUAAUUCAUUGCAGAUGUUUAUAAGAUAGUGUCUAGUACGCUAAAGGUAAUUCCUAAAGAAACUGACAUUUUACUGAUGUAGCUGUUUGCUCGUUUACCAAAAUUGAAUGUUGUCAACUAUUAUUUUAUGGGUGCUAGUAAAAUAGCAUCGAAUAGCUUGGUUUAUUAUUAUUUUAAUGGGAUAUAUUACAAAAAAAGAUAUGGAUUGUAUAUUGCUGUGAAAAAGCUGUUAAUUAUAUUACCAGUUAUACUAUUAAUAUAACAUUAUAUAGAGGAAGGAUUAAGGAAAGUGUAUAUUUAUGAACUGUUCUAUUAUUUUAAAGCAUUAUUUUACAAAAUUAUAAUUUACACUCAAUGGAAAAUAACUACUUACCCGUAAUUUAAGUUUUUUUAAUUUUUAAGAACAUUUGUGUUCAAGCAAAUGUUGUUAAAAUUAACUUUUAAUGUCCUGUCUCUAAUUAAUUAAAAUUUAAUUAUGGUCUUUAAUAAAUAAAAACUUUUUCUUAAUUGUGUAAAAAUUUUCAAAAAUAAUUUUAAAAAGUGUUUCUUUAAUUUUUUUUAGUGAUGCCCUCCAUGAGCGAAAAUUUACAUUUGUUCCCCCCCCCCCCCCCCACACACACACUUAAGCAAGCUAUUGGGUCUGGAGGUGCCCCUGCACAAGUGUUUUUAUGCAUUCCGAACCAGAGGUUAAUUUAGGCUUACACAACCCACUUUUUCUCCUUGUGAGAAAAGCACAGAUCAUAUUAAGUAAGGGUAGUUUAGCCUGAUUACUUAGACAUUCAGUACAUAAGAACAUGUGCAUUUGUGAUGUUUUUAAUUGUCAUCAGAUGAACUUUGUCUUCAGCAAGAUGUCUUGUGGGCCUGUUUUGUUCACACAAUAGAUAGCAACAGAAUGAUGGUAUGUCACUCUGGAGAAAUUGGAACAUUCCAAUGUAUGUUAGAGGGGUAGAUUCUAUAAUUGCAUUGGCAAAUAUUAUUGAAUUGACAAAACAUUAUGAAUCGCUGUUGUUGCAGACGCCUUUUUAGAAAAGAGUAUGAAAGUUCCUCCUUCUAAGAAGAUGAAAUGAGGUCAUGCAAUUAAUUUUUUUAAACAUUAGUAAUUAUAUUGUUUUAAUUUGAUAAAUACUCAAUUGAUAUACAACUACAAUACAAAUACAAGAUUUUUAGUCAUUCUUUAUGCCCUCCUUGUCAACAUGUUGCAACCCACAUUUUGAAAAACAUAUUUCAGAAUAUGCUAGUGGUACUUUUUUUUUUUGUAUGGAAGGGGUUCAAAUUACAUAUUACAUUGUAGUCAUGAAUAAAUACUCCAAUGACUGGAAUUUCAUGAGUAUGAUUUUGGGUGAGGUCUUUUCCAGAUUAGUGUUAGUGUUGUUAUAAUGUUAACUUUUAUAAGUGUUUAGAGUAAUAGUAUUCAAGAAUUUGUUAUAUCUUUGUUGAGUAAAGAGGGCUGUGUAAUAUAUAUAUAUAUACACACACACAUAGAGAGAAAUAUUUUUCAAUCUGUACAUCUGUAUACAUUUAAAAUGUUAGGCCAUUUGAAAGAAAAAUUAAUUUUAAGAUAUAUCUUGUUACCAUACUGGAAAAGGGAAUUCUUUUUAAAUUCAUUUAUUAUUACUACAUAUGAUCAAUAUUUCAACACCACUGCACAUUACUGUUCAUUUUUGCCCAAAUAAAAUUAACUAAAAUCAUGUACCAGUAUAGUAGAAUUUUCUUGUAAUUGUAUCUUUUUUUCUUCUUGGUUAUCAAUAGACAUUUGCCACUUUUUUUUGGUACUGGUACUAAUUUUGCUUCAGUGCUAGGUAUCGGUAGAUUAAACAAGGCUUAAUAAAAGUUGCUGUCAUGCAUUCUUCA